CUUGGACACAUGUCAUCUCUGAUUCCAAACUGCUCCUCUUCAUUUCCGCUACAUACCACCUCUGUUCCUGCCUGCCCUGCUACCACUUUCUUUCCAUCCUCAAUUUGACAUCUCUGUUUCGUCCUUUGACUACAUCCUUAUCGCUGUUCUUACGCUGCUUACCGUCCCCGCUCCAGCAAGAUGGCUGCCGCAGCUGCUCCCCCCCCGAGGGAACGCAAACCCUCAACGGGUGCUCCCAUCUCGACCUUUACAGGUCCGGUUGGCCCUGGCUUCUCACGACCCAAGCAUAAGCGAACGGCUACGGGUUUCGGUGCGGGUGACAUCAAGGCUGUGGAAUCAAGCAUUCCUGAACACAUGCGCGAGGCCUGGAGAAAAUUCUCACCGAAAGGUUUCACCUCAAAGGAGGAUUUCGAGGCAGAAUGUGUCAGACAUAUCGAGACCACCCUAGCACGAUCACUUUUCAACUGCGACGAGCUAGCUGCGUACUCUGGAACUGCGCUUGCCUUCCGAGACCGCCUGAUCAUCGACUGGAAUAAGACUCAACAACGGCAGACAUUCGCCGACCAAAAGAGAAUCUAUUAUCUGUCCCUCGAGUUCUUGAUGGGCAGAGCCCUGGACAAUGCUAUGCUGAACGUGGGCCUGAAGAAUAUCGCCAAAGAUGGACUGGAAGAGCUUGGGUUCCGCAUCGAGGACGUCGUAAACCAAGAGCAUGACGCGGCCUUGGGAAACGGUGGCCUCGGUCGACUUGCGGCAUGCUUCCUGGACAGCCUGGCUUCUUUGAACUACCCAGCUUGGGGCUAUGGCCUGCGUUACAGAUACGGUAUCUUUAAGCAAGAGAUCGAGAAUGGGUACCAGGUCGAGAUUCCCGAUUACUGGCUCGACUUCAACCCUUGGGAAUUCCCUCGACACGAUGUGACAGUGGAUGUCCAGUUCUAUGGUUGGGUCAACAAGUACACCAACGACGAAGGCAAGCAAGUUGUCUCCUGGCAAGACGGUGAAAUGGUCACCGCAGUAGCCUACGACGUACCAGUGCCUGGCUACGGCACGCCAACGGUGAACAACCUACGUCUUUGGUCGAGCAAAGCGUCCAGUGGAGAGUUUGAUUUUGCGAAAUUCAACUCCGGCGAUUACGAGAGUGCUGUGGCUGACCAACAGCGUGCCGAAACCAUCUCUGCGGUUUUGUACCCCAAUGACAAUCUCGAGCGAGGCAAAGAGUUGCGUCUGAAGCAGCAGUACUUUUGGUGUGCCGCUUCUCUCCAUGACAUCGUCCGAAGGUUCAAGAAGUCCAACCGCAAGUGGUCGGAAUUCCCUGAUCAAGUGGCCAUCCAAUUGAACGACACCCACCCAACUUUGGCUAUCGUCGAACUUCAAAGAAUUCUGAUCGACAAGGAAGGAUUGGAGUGGACUGACGCCUGGGAUAUCGUCACCAAGACCUUUGGCUACACAAAUCACACCGUGCUGCCAGAAGCUUUGGAGAAAUGGUCUGUCCCUCUCAUUCAAAACCUGCUCCCUCGUCAUCUCCAGAUCAUUUAUGAUAUCAACCUAUUUUUCCUUCAAGCUGUUGAGCGCCGUUUCCCCAAGGACCGAGACAUGCUGUCCAGAGUUUCAAUAAUUGAAGAAUCCAAUCCAAAGAUGAUUCGAAUGGCAUACCUUGCCAUUGUUGGGUCGCACAAGGUCAACGGUGUGGCUGAACUACAUUCGGACUUGAUCAGGACCACCAUCUUCAAGGACUUUGUCAAGGUUUAUGGCCCAGACAAAUUUACCAACGUGACCAACGGCAUUACUCCACGGCGAUGGCUACACCAAGCCAAUCCUCGCCUGUCGGAGCUGAUUGCGUCCAAACUCGGAAGCUAUGAAUUCCUGAAGGACCUGACACUCUUGAACAAGCUCGAGCCAUUCGUGGACGAUAAAGAUUUCAAGAAGGAAUGGUCUGAAAUCAAAUACGCCAACAAGGUCCGACUGGCUCAACACAUCUUGAAGAGCACUGGUGUGAGUGUCAAUCCCAAAGCACUGUUCGAUGUGCAGGUCAAGCGUAUCCACGAAUACAAGCGACAACAGCUCAACAUCUUCGGAGUCAUUCACCGUUAUCUGGCGAUCAAGGCUAUGACGGCCGAAGAACGGAAGAAACUGCAACCCAGAGUCUCGAUAUUCGGUGGCAAGGCUGCACCAGGCUACUGGAUGGCCAAGACCAUCAUUCACCUGAUCAACAAGGUUGGAGAAGUCAUCAACAAGGAUUCCGAUGUUGGCGAUUUGCUCAAGGUCAUAUUCCUUGAAGAUUACAAUGUCAGCAAGGCCGAGAUCAUCAUUCCAGCUUCCGAUAUCAGUGAGCACAUCUCCACUGCAGGUACUGAAGCUUCAGGUACCAGCAACAUGAAGUUUGUCCUGAAUGGCGGUCUGAUCAUUGGUACAUUGGACGGAGCCAAUAUUGAAAUUACUCGUGAAAUCGGAGAGGAAAAUGUGUUCUUGUUCGGCAACCUUGCUGAAGAUGUGGAGGACCUCAGACACAAUCACUUUUAUGGUAACUACAGCGUCAACCCAGAACUCAUGAAGGUGUUUGACUGCAUCAAAUCUGGCACCUUCGGAGAUGAGAGCGCUUUUGGUGCUCUGAUUGGUGCCAUUGUCGACCAUGGGGAUUACUACCUCGUGAGCGACGACUUCGACAGCUAUUGCAAGACUCAGGAUCUUAUCGAUGAAGCUUACAAGAACCAAGACAAAUGGGUCAGCAAGACGAUUCAGAGCGUGGCCAGAAUGGGCUUCUUCACCUCCGACCGCUGCAUCAACGAAUAUGCUGACAGUAUUUGGAACAUUGAACCACUUGCUGUGAAGGAGGAGUCAGAGGUCCGAGCGAGGACUGGGCUUGACCAGUAGAAGGUGAAGAUGGGUAAUUGCGUUUCCUGUUCAUCCCCCCGGGGAUGAAUAGUAGAUGAACACGAUAGUUAGAAGGCUUUAGACUGCCCAGGAUAAGCAAGAAGACUCCACAUGCGAAUGUGUCAGUCAAUGCGAAGGACAAAGAAGAAAAGCGGGAGAAAAAGGCUUAUGCUUAGGUACCUAUACAGGCAACGAACAGUAUCGUUAUAAUAGUCGA